GCUGUUACUUUCACUCCUUCUCACACUGCUGGUUCUGCAGCUGCGUUGAUAGUUAAGUGGUGUAGCUGGUGGUGUAGCUUGGUGGUGUAAGUGGGUGGUGUAGCUGGGUGGUGUAGUUGGGUCGAAUUGGUGUGAGGUGUAGCUGGUGGUAUAGUUGGCUAGUGUAGCUGGUGGUGUAGCUGAUGGUGUAGUUGGCUAGUGUAGUUGGCUAGUGGUGUAGGUGGAUGGUGUAGUUGGGUGGUGAAGGUGGGUGGUGUAGGUGGGUCGAGUAGUUGGGUAGUGUAGCUGGGUGUUGUAGCUAGGUCUUGUACCUGGGUGGUGUAGGUGGGUGGUGUAGCUGGUGGUGUAGGUGGGUGGUAAACCUGGUGGUGUAGGUGGGUGGUGUAGGUGGGUUGUGUAGGUGGGUUGUGUAGCUGGGUGGUGUUGGUGGGUGGUGUAGCUGGGUGGUGUAUCUGGUGGUGUAGGUGGGUGGUGUAGCUGGUGGUGUAGCUGGGUGGUGGGUUGUGUAGUUGGGUGGUGUAUUUAAUUGUGGAGGUGGGUGGUGUAUUUGGGUCAGGAUGAGGGUGUGUGUUUUCUGUGUGUUGGUGGUCGGGCUGAAGCUGGGAGUGUUUGAGGUAUACACACUUGCAGAUAACUGCCCAAUCCGGCUUUCCCAUGAUUCCCUGCUGGUGGAAUAUGGUAAUGCUGUUAAAGUCAACUGCUCCCUAACGACCACACUUAAUGAACCCUACAUGCUGGGCUGGGAGGCUGUGAUUCAUCCAGUAGAACCAGUACAAGACACCACCAGUACAGUGUGGAAUGUUUCCAGUCUGACGGAGUGGGAGAUUAACACAAAAGAUAUAUUCUGUUUUCUGACUGUUAUCGGUGGAACACAGUGCGAGAAGCCCUUAAAACUCAACCUCUACAAGCGUGCGGACAGUGUGGUGAUAGUUCGUGAUAAUGGUGAUUGGUCAGAAGGUGAGCAGAGGAAGCUGAAGUGUGAGAUUAAGAAUGUGGGUCCAGUCAGUAAUCUUACAGUGCAGUGGACCAGACUGGACCAAAACCAAACCAGAACCAUCAGGGAGUCCAGGAAUUUCACCAUUUCUAGUAGAAUGGAAGAAAAGGGGGAUGUGACGGACACUCUGGAGGUUUGGACCAGUCCAGAAGAAGAUGGAGUCCAGUAUCAGUGUUCGGCUCUACUGGACCUGAUCCAGUUCAAACAACAACAAGUGGACGAAUCCCAACCCUUCAACAUAACCGUACUCUAUAAACCCAUCAUAACACGGCCGUCUGCUGCCACUGUAUCCAAAACUGCGGGCGACGCGCUGACGUUUUACUGUUCGGCACGAGGAAAACCGAAGCCUCAGUUUACCUGGACCACAGGUAACUCAAACAUCACGCACUCCCCCCUCCUCAACAUCAGCAACGUCCAGUCAGAACAUCAGGGAAAUUACACCUGUAUCGCCUCCAACAGCAAAGGCUCCGCCUCCGUGACGGUGACGGUUACCGUUUCAGUGCCCUCAUCAGAAGACAACCUGCCAAUCAUCGCUAGCUGUGUUGCGGUUGCGGUGGCAUUGCUGAUAGUUGGACUCUUUGUUUGGUACUGCAAGCAUUACCGGCACACACACAUGGGCCGCUACAUCCUGAGGAACCUGGCGUCCCGGCGGCACAACGCCAACGUGGCCCAUUGCGACUCUCAGACCCUCCAGUCACACUGAUGUUCUGAUGUUUUGAAGUUUUCUGAAAAACCCCACGCAGCACAGCGGUCUCAGAUAUUCUAGCCCGCAUACCACUGGUGGUCACAAUUAUGAACAGUGAAUAAAUGGUAUUUUUAUCUUCAGUAAACUGAUCUGAGAGAAAUAGUUUCCAUAUAUAUGUAAUGUGUACAGGCUGCAGGUGCUAAUCUUAGCUAAUACACAAUACAGCACAAUACACCUUCUCAUUGAAUGGAUUAUGUAUUUAGAAAUAACUGACCUACUACUUUACACAUUUUUUUUGCAUUAAAAAUAAUAAAUCUAAUAAUGGUUGAUUUUCUUUGCUGUAAAUGUGUUUGUUACACUGGAGGGAAAAACCUAACAAUGCAUAAUAGACUUUUUUAUUAUAGUUAUUUACAGGAGCUGUAUGUAAUAUAUUUACAAUGUACAACUUUAUAAAAUUAUGAUGUGUGAUCAGAUAUUAAGAAAAUAUGAUAAGUUUAAGCUUAACAUCAGAGCUUCAGUCAGUAUAUUCUUCUUUAGAUUGUUUUUACUGAGCAGAAGUCUGUACAAUGUAGCAUCAGAGGAGUGGUUAUGGGUGUGGAAACACAACACUUUCCACAAUGCUCUGGCACUGGAAAACUAUUUAACCCAGUGAAUGGAGAAGGCUAAAUUGUCCAGAUCAAAGACUGAGCUGAACAGACACAUAGUGUCGGAAAAUGUCUUGAAGAAUCUUUAAGAAAACUAUUAACCUUACAAGUGUUCUACUUUUAGGUUCCUGAUAGAGCACUUCAUACGAAAUUAUGUCCAGAGGCAUUUGCAAGUGAUGAAAUUGUAUGUAGAACUGCAAAUGUAUAACAAUCAUACACAUGAGUUCUAUUUUUAAUUACUGUAAUCAUAUAAUAGAGAUUUAACAGUAUUUUCCCCUGAUAAAACAGAACCUAAUGAGAUGAUAAUGAACUCAGGAAGAACUCAGGCUUUAAAAUACAGCAGAACCUGAGCUGUGGAGGAAACACCUUUAACAUUAGUGUUGACACAGAGACCACAGGAUAUGUUCAGAGGUCCUGUAUAGUCCAGGCUUUGCUUGGGCCAGAACUGAUCGCUCAAUGAACCAAACAAUGAACCAAGUCUCAGAACCGCCUGCAGAUUCUGCAUCUCCGCUCUGUAGUACUGAAUCUCCUGAAAUUCUGUUCUUUCUUUAGUCUUUAGCCACCCCUAGUGGAGCAACUUAAUCAUUACAGCCUCUUUCUGGUUUACUAUAAAUACUACUGGUUUAUUAUUAAUCAGAUUAUUAAGCUGAUCAGUUUAAUUAUUA